GCCUGCGCAAUAGAGCGAUCAAGUUGCCCGGGAUCGGGAGAAAUGAGCCUUACCUUUGCCCUGAAGACCUCUGAAGCCGGCUUCUUCGGACUCCAUUGGUCCCUCAGGGCCUGCUCCUCGGUGGCCCCCUCAGCACCAACCUUGGCCUUUGUGCCUGCUUGCCCGCCGGUGGACCCCCUAGAGCUCCAAAAACUGCAGGAGUUUGUGGCCAGUGCUCAGAGGCUCUUUGUCCUCACCGGCGCCGGCAUCUCCACCGAGUCGGGCAUCCCAGAUUACCGCUCUGAAGGGGUGGGCCUCUACGCCCGGACCGACCGGCGCCCUGUCCAGCACGCCGAGUUCCUGCGCAGCGCCAAGGCCCGCCAGCGCUACUGGGCCCGCAACUUCGUGGGUUGGCCCCAGUUUUCCUCCCAUCGGCCCAACAAUGCCCACUUGGCCCUCCAGCGCUGGGAGCAGAUGGGCAAGCUCCACUGGCUGGUGACCCAGAAUGUCGAUGCUCUCCAUGCCAAGGCAGGCAACCGGCGCCUGACCGAGCUCCAUGGCUGCACACACAGGGUCUUAUGCCUUGACUGUGGCGACCCAACCUCCCGGGAGGAACUCCAGGUGCGCUUUGAGGCCUUGAACCCCACCUGGCAAGCUGAGGCCCACGGCAUGGCCCCGGACGGCGACGUCUUCCUCUCAGAGGAGCAAGUGUGCACCUUCCAGGUCCCCCCUUGCAACCGAUGUGGAGGACCCCUCAAGCCCGACGUGACCUUUUUUGGGGACACUGUGCGCAAGGAGACAGUGGACUUUGUGUACCAGCGCCUGGCCGAAGCAGAUGCCGUCCUGGUAGCCGGUUCCUCACUGCAGGUCUACUCAGCAUACAAAUUUGCCCUCGCCGCCCGUGACCGGAAGCAACCCAUGGCCAUUGUCAACAUUGGUGCAACAAGGGCUGACGGCUUUGCCACCCUGAAGCUGAGUUUGCGCUGCGGGGAGCUGCUGCCGUCCAUCAUCCUCGAGUAACCCAACUUUGCACACCUAGAAGCAAACUAUUGAAGCAAAGCAUUGCAUUGGGAGUAUAGAGCUUUGCCCAGGGCCCACCUGUUCCGAAAGCAGAUUAGGUGGCAAAGCGGUCAAGAGGUGCCACCCCCAGGAACCGAUUUCUCUGAGCUUCUUUGUGUUCUCCAUAUAAACUCCUUGAGCUCUGCUUUGGGUUCUUGCUUUUGUCAUACACUUUUGGGGAACGGUGGGGGGACAGGGGUCUCUUGUCUGGUGUGGCUUGGCGCAACAUCAUUCAAAGACCAUAGAGGGAGAAGAUGCCCAAAAUGCCUUCUGCCUCCUUUCAUUGGGGAAAGUUUGAAGGGACGGUUGAGGAACAUCACGUAGACUCAAGACCAAACAAGUGGGAGCUAGAGCAAGGAGGACAGAUCUGGGACAAUUGUCAAGCCAACCCAGACACCUCCCUUUUCCUAUGGAAGCCUUCAGGUCACGGUCCACUUAUGGUGACCGCAUGCAUUUCAUAGGGUUUUCUUAGGCCAGGAAUCUCCAGAGGUGGUUCAGCCAGUUCCUUGCUCUGAACAAUGGCCUCGGGGAGCUUGGUGGCCUCCCAUUCAAAUCCUAACCAGGGAUUACCCUGCUUAGCUUCAGAGAUCUGCCACUUUCAGGGUAAUGACUGGCCCAGAUUGAGAUGUCCAUAUAAUAGGCAAAAGAGUAACAUUUUGAGGCUCUGGGUGGAACCCAAAGUGGAUGGGGCCAAAGUUACUCACAAAAACAUCCCCAAGGGUUUGGGCUGCAUUUCAAAUGAGUGAAUUCUCUUCCUCUCUGUGUCUUCACAGUCCGUAAUUUACAACCAGACAUAGAAAUUGGAAAUCCGACAGCAUAGACCACCCUAACUGUUGCAUUCCAUGACAUGAAACAGUCCUUGCAUGUUAAUGUUUAUAUGUGAUUUAUUUAACUGUAUUGUUGGUAUAUUUUUUGUUUAUUGCUUUCUUGUUAUUGAUGUGUUUUUGGGCUUGGCCUCAUGUAAGCCGCUCCGAGUCCCUUGAGGAGAUGGAGGGAGAUGGAGGCGGAGGAUAAAUAAAGUAUUAUUAUUAUUAUUAUUA